AUGUCAGUAACGCUACAUACUACUCACGGUAACAUUAAAAUUGAGGUCUAUUGUGAUAGCGUUCCUAAAACUGCUGAGAACUUUCUUGCACUAUGUGCAUCCAAUUACUAUGACAAUUCACUUUUCCAUAGGCUUAUACCUCAUUUUAUGAUUCAGACUGGGGCCCCACCAUCGCAGCCAAAGGGCGGGACGUCUAUAUGGGAAGAGCCCUUCGAAGACGAGAUUCGACCAUCCUUGCGACAUAAUGCGCGUGGAAUAGUAAGCAUGGCUAACAAAGGACCUGCGACCAAUGGAAGUCAAUUCUUCAUUUGUUUCGAGAAAUCACCACAUCUAGAUAAUAAGAAUACAGUUUUUGGAAACGUCCUUGGAGAAGAGAGUUUAGCUACGCUAUCAAAGAUGGAGAAUGUUGAAGUGGAUAAGAAAAACCGACCUAAAGAAGAAAUAAAGAUAAAAAAUAUCACAAUACAUGCAAACCCGUUAGCUACCUGA